GAUUUUUACAGAAUCGUAUGACUCUACAAAAGAAAAAUAUACCAUCAACGAUCCUUGGUUUGAUAUGGAAACAUCUUUCACUUCUACAGGACAAGGAACAAAGACACCAGUUGUCAGCUGUGUUGAAAAUAAACAAAGAACAGAGGUGACACCAUCUUCUAAUAACGAUAAAGAAGAAAAAUCAAAGAAUGAUAACAAUAAAUCUGUGAGAAAAAGUCUUCCAGAAAAUCUAAUGGUAGCUUUGCAUCGAGAAAUUGAAGUGGCUUUGAAUCAACGAAACCAGGGAAAUCAUUCAUCCCAAAAUCUUUCGCACAAUCCUGAAGGUGCUCAUGUAGGUUGCAGCAAAGAUCAGCCUGAGGUCAUUGAUAUCGUAUCUUCCCAGACAGAGUCAACAGUGCAAAAACCUUUAGAGAUAGUCGAGCCAAUCGAACCAUCAUCAGAUAGUGAAAAUAAUAAGACUACCUUGUCUUUAAGACCUUUAGAAGAGAUGUUGGAAAAAACUUUAGUUGUCCAGAAAAAGGAAAAUAUGGCUGACGAAAUUUCAGAUAUCAUAGCUCAAAAAGCUCUUGAUGAAUUUUUAGCUAGUGACAUGCAGAAGCCAAUGGACUCUAUACAAACUGAGUUUAUGAUGGACAUUUCAUUAGAUACUGUAGAACCAAAUCAAGAACCAGAACCGAAUUUACCUAAUCGAAAUAUUACCCUUUCUUUGAGACCAAUAGGUGAAUUGCUUGAACCAAGAUCUAGUAUAGACAUAAAUCAGGAUUCAAAUAUUAGUUUAAACAGAGCAGAGAGUAAGAGUAAAGAGGUUCAAAGUCUCAAACUAAUGAAGAGUAAAGUAAAAAAAUCAAAAGUCAAGAAGGCUGGGGAAAAGCCAAGAAAAAAGUCAACUAGUAAGAGUCCAAGAAAACACAAAAGUGAUUCGAGAAAACCUAAAUCACCAUCCAAAACCAAAUCCACCCCUUCUUCUACUGCUAUUAUGAACUUAAUGCCUAAUCCUUCGAAUGCUUAUAUUUUUGGAAACUUGAAUAAUAAUAUGCAGCAUUCUUCUGUUGAAAGUUUUGAAAAUCAAACAAAGAAGAAUCCUAAAACCAUCAUUAAAAAGCCACCGAAGACUAAAAAAAGUGGUGUUGUUAAGAAACGCACACCUAAAAAAGUGAAGACAGUAACGUCUAAACGCACACCUAAAAAAGAAAAGCCAGCAACUUCUAAAUGCACACCACAAAAAGAAAGAGUGGAAAACCAAAAUACAACUCCACGUAAACAAUCUAAGAAAUUAGGUUGUAUAAAAACGUUUGCCAUAUUAUUCAGACAAGAGCAGUUAGCUCGCUUAGAUGGACGUACUUCAAACAUGAAUAGAAAUAGUUCUAUGCCAGAAAUUACCAAUAAUUCUCAUGCGUCCGUGACUAACAUUGCUAGCACUAGGCAAGACUCCCCACUUACUGAUGAAAUAAAUCAAGUGGAAAACCAAAAUACAACUCCACGUAAACAAUCAAUUAGAUCUGGUAGAUUAGAUGAGUUAGCUAGACUAGAGCAGUCGGCUAGAUUAGAUGGAUGUAACAGUGCUUCUUAUAUGCCGGAAGCGGUAUCAGAUCAACAAACGAGUAGAAUGAAAGAUAAUUUCUUUUAUUUGAAUUUCACAACCUCGAAGCAGUCUAAUUCACGUUCGAUGCUUAAUGAAUAUGACAAUCAAUCUUUGCCUGGAACCAGUGGAACUACUCAAUGUUUGCCUGGAACAAGUGGGACUUCUCAAUUUUUGCCUGGAACAAGUGGGACUUCUCAAUUUCUGCCUGGAACAAGUGGAACUACUAACACUGCUAAGACCUUGACUAAAUCACCCUUGAAAUGUCUACAGUCUAUUAAACCUUCAGCAAAGAAAUUAGUCUGUGAAAAGUGCACUGAUAAUAUAAAGGACAAAAGUUCACACACUUGCAGAUUUAUUAGAAAAAUGAAAUGUCCAUUUUGUGAUUUCAUUACGUCCACUUGGAGUGGGAUUAAUGCCCAUCGAGUGAAAUACCACAUUCAGGAAAUCUUCAUACCAAAAGCUAAAACCUUGGAAAACACUGAAGAGUCAACAGGAAAGAACCUUUUGCCGGAUAACCAAUUUUUGCAGUGCAUUGCUUGCAAAUUAGAACUACAAUCACUUGAAACUAUGAAGAACCAUGUUGCACGGGAUUGUCCUAAGAGCUUAAUUCAUUUUGACAAUCUUCAAAACCAGGAUGAGAAUUUUAAGACACCAGCCAAACUAAAUAAACAAAGCUUGAUGAGUCAGCGCCUAAAGCAAGGAAGAUUUCCUCCAUUUGGCUUCUUUCCGCUUGGCACUAGAAGUCCUAACAAGAUUGUCAGUUUAAAAGACCACUUCCGAAAACGACCAAUCGACCACGAGAACCAGGGCAACAAGCGUCAGAACCAACAGAAAAACAUUCCUCAGCUUGGUUCCAAGAAGUCCGAGUCCCAGAAGCGUGUUAGUACCUCCUCAAACCUUGACGUUAACUCCCAGUGUUAUAAUCCCAGCACUUCUAAUCCAAAUUACAACAUUCAAAAUCACCAGAAAGAGCCAAAUGCCAACCUACCAAAAGAGCAAAUCUCCAAAAGUCUGAAUGAACAAAAAAAGGAAACAGGAAAUUUGCAACCUUUUAUUUGCUAUGUUAAACCGACAAGUAGUUGUACUUUUCAGACUACAAGUGUCAAAGAUUAUGCCCAACAUGUAAUAGAUUUCCACCCAGAUGUUCUAAGAAACAAGUCUGAUUUACAUCUGUUGUAACAAGUAUGAAUGCAGGCUUUAACUAUAACAUGCCAAAUUUGGCCUUCCUGGAUGAUUUUGACAUUCUCUUAACCAAUAGUAAAUCAAGUUUUUCAAUAGCAACUCAAGAAAGUGCCUUAACGAUUGAUAGAUGUCAAAUUGACUAACUGAGACUUGUACUCAAUGUAAAGUUUAAAGUUAAUAGUUCUUGAAUUCAUCCUGACUUUAUUUGUUACCUUGUGAUAUGUGAAAAGUCAAUAGAACAGGUGUAGUAUUAAUCAAUUUCAAAUAGUUUUGAUGGUUUAUAUAUUUUAGUAUGUUAUACUAGAAAUAACAUUGUAGAGUCUAGAGUAGUCAGCAUAAAAAAAGGAAAAAAACUAACAAAAGCUAACAAACGCUCAAUACAGGAUAAUUGGCUAGCUUUAUUAUACAUUAUUUUAUAUGAUGUCAGUAAUUUACUAUAUAUAUGUAUAUAUUAUAGGUAUUUACAGUAACUAGCAAUUACUGUUAUACAAUCCAUAAUGAGAUUAUGGAUUAUAUGUCUCAACAAUGGGAAAUAUAUUUUCUUUCACUCACUAGAUAGAUAUGAAUCAUUAUGUAACAAAUUUCCCGAUAGGAAGUAGCUUAAUGUAGUAAUUUCUUUUUGAUAAAAUCCAUUCAGGCGAUCUUUAAUUUUUUACUCGAGGACUAAAAAAGUUAACAUUGUAAAAGAAUUAUGGAAGAUAUAUUUUCAUGUGUUAUAGAAGCCCUAAGAUUGAUAACAAAAUCUGCUAGAUUAGAAAAUAGUAAACUGUUUUUUAUUGUAAUAUUAGAAUGUGAGAGAGUAUAAAUAAUAUUGUUAUACAACAUUUUGACUUUUAAAUAUUCGUUAUAUGAGUGAUUUUGGAUUAAAAAAACCACCAAUUAUCUAUAUAUUAAUCAUAAAAUACAGUCGGCGUAAUUUUAUAUGUCUUGAGGAAAAGAUUUGCAAGUUCCUGUAUUGUUGUGAUAAAUAAAAUUGUUACUAAUUACUAAUUAUGUAGUAUAGUUAAGCUUGUUUGUAUCUUCUUUUGGUACUAUUACCUUUUGCUACAUUUGUACUACUAUUAUUUGUUGUAUUUUUAUGAAA